AUAUUGGGAAAUGUAGUUUAUUGAAUUCCCUGUAGCGCCGUCUGGUCUCACUGCAUUCUGGGUAAUGUAGUCCUGGACCGAUCUUCAGUUGGGCGUGGGUGAAGGAAUUCCGCUUCAAGGGCGGGAUAUCAGAUCCAUCAGAAUUGGUUAGAUGGACUGUUUAUCAAAUUACAUCAGUACAGUCGUUCUAGUGAUUGGUGAGAGUGGAGGCGGGUUAAGCAGUAUCAGCAGCCCAUUUGGAGCUGGUGAUGUCCAUUUGGUGUCGUGAGGGGGAGUGGUGCGGCUUUUCGAGGAAACGGUCGCUGAUUGGGUGGGAGGGCUUGACAUGCCGGAGGGUCGGCCCCCAUCGUGCUGCGAUUGGCUCACCCUUAGGCGGGUGGGUGCGUCAGAGGCGGUGUCUGGGGAGGUGGCGGCUCCAGAGAUGGCAGUGAGCGAGAGGAGGGGGCUCGCCCGUCGGAGCCCCGCGGAGUGGGGGCUGCGGCUACUGCUGCUCCUGCUCUUGGGCGGCUGCUCGGGGCGCAUCCACCGGCUGGCGCUGACGGGGGAGAAGCGAGCAGACAUCCCCCUGAACAGCUUCGGCUUUUACGCCAAUGGCUCCCUGGAGGUGGACCUGAGCCUCCUGCGACUGGGCCUCCAGGACACAGAAGAGAAGGCCCCGCUGGUGGGGUUCAGUUUGACUCGGGCUCGAUCUGGCAGCAUUCGAUCCUACUCAACCCAGGACCCCCACGACUGUCCUCUACGGAAAAAUAGUAGCAAUCUCCUGGUUCUCUUCCUCAUCAACACCAAGGAUCUGCGGGUCCAGGUGCGGAAGUAUGGGGAACAGAAGAAGCUGUUCAUCUCUCCUGGGCUCCUCCCUGAAGUGCCCUCCAAACCAGGGCCCCCGAAGCCAGAGCUCACAGUCACCCCUAAAGUGAACAGUGGGACCACCACUGCGCUUGACAAGGCCAAGUCAAAACCCACAGUGUUUCAGGGGGACCAUGGGAAGGACAAGGAACUGGUCCUGGGUCUCGGGCAUCUCAACAAUUCCUACAACUUCAGUUUCCACGUGGUGAUCGGCUCUCGGGCCGAGGAAGGCCAGUACAACCUCAACUUCCACAACUGCUACAACUCAAAGCCGGGCCAGGAGCAGCCGUUCGACAUCACGGUCAUGAUCCGGGAGAAGAACCCCGAGGGCUUCCUGUCAGCGGCGGAAAUCCCCCUCUUCAAGUUGUACAUGGUCAUGUCUGCCUGCUUCCUGGCCGCUGGCAUCUUCUGGGUGUCUGUCCUCUGCAAGAACAUGUACAACGUCUUCAAGAUCCACUGGCUCAUGGCAGUCCUGGCUUUCACCAAGAGCAUCUCCCUCCUUUUCCACAGUAUCAACUACUACUUCAUCAACAGCCAGGGCCACCCCAUCGAAGGCCUCGCUGUCAUGCAUUACAUCACACACCUGCUGAAGGGCGCUCUCCUCUUCAUCACCAUCGCCUUGAUCGGCUCUGGCUGGGCCUUCGUCAAGUACAUCCUGUCAGACAAGGAGAAGAAGAUCUUCGGGAUCGUGAUUCCACUGCAGGUCCUGGCCAAUGUGGCCUACAUUGUCAUCGAGUCCCGUGAGGAAGGAGCCAGUGACUACGUGCUCUGGAAGGAGAUCCUCUUCCUGGUGGAUCUCAUCUGCUGCGGCGCCAUCCUCUUCCCUGUGGUCUGCGGCAGUGAACCUGGCCAAGCUGAAGCUGUUUCGGCAUUACUACAUCAUGGUCAUCUGUUACGUCUACUUUACACGGAUCAUCGCCAUCCUGCUGCGGGCGGCCAUGCCCUUCCAGUGGCAAUGGCUGUACCAGCUCUUGGUGGAGGGCUCCACCCUGGCCUUCUUUGUGCUCACUGGCUACAAGUUCCAGCCGGCAGGCAACAACCCUUACCUGCAGCUGCCCCAGGAGGACAAGGAGGACACGCAGAUGGAGCAAAUAAUGACCGAUUCUGGGUUCCAGGAAGGCCUGUCCAAACUCAACAAAACAGCCAGCGGGCGGGAGCUUUUGUGAUCAUCCCCUGUGUCUGGAACCGUCCUCCUUCCCCCACCUCCCGCCUCCGCCCUCCACACACACUCCUCACUCUCCAGCUCCUCUCCCAAAGCACGUGUGGCAGGGGGAGGAGGGCGCUGGGGUGCAUGCAGCACCCAGCUCUCUGGGACCUGAGGUCCAGAAGCCCAUUCAGAGGAGGGCCCCCUUCUCCCCAAGCAUUGGGCAGCCCUGUCCCUGCCCCAGAGCCACCCACCUCUUGCAGCUGUGCAAUAUGAUCUGUUUUGCUACCCUGGUUUCUUGCCUUUCUGCGUGUUGAGGUCUAACACUGAGGUUGUGUUUACAAUUUAGAGACCUGUAUUCCUUGUGGAGGGAGGGUUGCAGUAUCCAUUGCUCUACAUAGUAAAUAUCAGUUGAGCAUCUGCUCUGUGCCGGGCCCCAUGCCGGAUACUGAGGACAGAGCAGUGGCCCGGACCCACUUAAGGGGCUUACGGUUGGGGGUGGAGGCCAGUCAGGGAGAGGGCUGAGUCACCAGACAGUUCCAUCACAGGGUCUUGACCCAGCCUGGGAAGUCAGGGAAAGGUGAAUGGAGAAGUAGGGGAAAGGGCAGCAGCCCCACAAGAGCUCACACGGAAGACUAGAAGUAAUCGUCGCUAACACAUAGUGAUCGCUCUAUGCCGCACCCUCUUCCAAGGCUUCUGUUGAUCCUAAUUCCUAUCAGAAAGCCUGUGAGACACAGAGAGGCUAAGUCACUUCCCCAGGGUCACACAGCCGACAAGCUGGGAGACUCAGGACCCAAGACAACAGGGGUCUCGUUUCAGAGCUGCACUUUCCCACCAAUGGCACGGCCCCCCUGUGCCCAGACUCCCUGCGACCAAACCUUUUGAGCUCGCCCCCUUUGUCAUGUGAGCCUGGAUAAGUGGUUUCACCUGUUUCCCAACCUGUAAAAUGGGUGUCCCACGGGGUCGCCCCGGAUAAUGCUGUGCACCCACCUUUCGUGAAUUGCCCUGAACUUUGAGGAAUGACCUCAGAUUAGGGAUGCACCUGUGCACACACAGGGGCGGGCAGCUCCAGAGAUAGGGCUCUCCCCCUGUCCCACGGCACCCUUCAGCUAGAGGGCCUAGAGCCCCUUUUGGAGCUCUGGGAGACACUUCUUGAGAAGGGGGCGGUUGGGGGCCCAGGCCAGGGACAACAGGUAGAGAAUUGGGCUGGGGUCAGGCUUCUUGCAAACGGAAGCAAGUAUAACGGGCCCAAUGCAUAAAUAGCCCAGCCAGACAAGGAAGUGGGGAGGCACUGCAGACUGAGGAAGUUAGGCGAAGCCAGAGGAGCCCAGAAUAGCCCAGAAUAGCCGGCGAGUCCCACUGCAGGGCUGGCUGGAGCUGGGAAGGGGUAGAAGCCUAAAGAUGCAGACACGGUUGGACUCAAUGCCAGUGCCUGCAGGAGCCAAGGAAAAGUUUAAAGCAGGGAAGGACAUGGCCGUACAGGGUCGAUGUCUUUCUCCCUGUGCAUGCAGGGCUGGGCAGGGCCAUGGCUCCCCAAAGAUGUCCAGUCCCUGGAACCUGCGAAUGUUGCAGUAUGUGACAAAAGGCACUUUGCAGCUGUGAUUUAGUGAAAGACCCUGAGAUAGCAGGAGAUCCUGGAUUGCCCAGUGUCAGCACAAGGAUCCUCGCAAGAGGUCCAUCGGAGAAGGAGAGUGACAAGGAAACUGGCCGGGGCGGGGUGAGCUG